UAAAUAAAUACUCGUAACACAUCACGCACACAUACAUACAUCGUCUUUGGUCAUAUUGCCGUUGUAUCAUCCGCUUUUGUUUCGUGUUCCUUUUUAGUUUCUUUUUUUGUUACUUUUUACUUACCAUUCUUUAACUGGUGCGCCCAAAAACUUAAUCGUUAUUUUCUUACCGUCGUCAAAGGUAUAUCGACAGUGUGCGAAAUCUCUCUGUCCAACGCCGACGAACGAUUUUCAAAAACUUAACUUUUUUAACCGCUGCCGACCAUGUCCGAACCAGCAAAAGGGUAAGUAGUAAAAUAAUGAGUUUAUUUCAUUAGUUAUUUCUUCGCCCUAUUAUAUUCUUAUAACUAUUAUUGAAUAUCGAAGAUAUAACAUGCUUACAAGUUUUAAUCUUGUAGAACCGCGUUUGUGCCCCCCUCCACGCCUCCCCUCAGAGACACGUAAUUAAUUUCAGUUAGCAAGAAUGGCGGUAUUCAGUCUAAAAUAUUACCAGUACUUAUAGUAAAAACUGUAUCUUUUUGUUUGUAAAGUUAACGACUGAUCGUCGUAUUUUAUAAACAAAACUAAUUUGUUUCAAUAAUACUUAAAAUCGGUACUAAAUGGUCUAUUCACUUUGACAUGCAACCAUAUAGGUAUGUAUUAUUACUACAUUGGUAUUUCCUUCUCAUGUCCACCACUAAGAAUUCUCUAAACGUAAAAUUAUUUUUAAGGCAAAAAUAUUGGCACACUAAUUGUGUUUGUAUCAAUUUAAUAUUUAAAUCUGUAGGAACUUUUUACAUAUGUAAACUAAAAACUUAGAACGUUUUUUACUAGAAUAUUCAUGUAUUUUUUUACAUUUACAAAGUACCACCAGAUACUCCAUUUACUUGUUUUAUAACUUUUUUUUUUUUGGUAACUAAAAAAUGAAAAAUAUUUUUGUCUUAAUUGUUGUACAUUUAUUUUUCCACUGUGAAUUAAUAUUUAACGUGUAUAUAUUUUAUUGCAGCUUCACUGAAUAACAUUUAAUUUAAACUCUUAUUAUGUAUUUAGAUUCUAGGAUAUUUAUAUUAAGUACAUUGAUUAGGUAUUUAUAAUAACAGUUUACAAUAGUGUAUUACUAGCUACACCAUCUAUUUUCUAAUGAACUGGUAAACUGUCAGUUUCCUUAUAACUUGAAAUAUAUUGUUUUAUGUGCCGGUAGCCACAUUGUUCAUUAAGCCGCAUUAUAUAAUCUGUUUGUUAAAUGAGAAUGCAACAUAUUUCAACUCCAGAGCAACCAUGACUUAGAUUGUGCUACACUCGGUUUUAAAUUCUAGCUCUUAAGUAAUAAGAAAAGUAUUUAAAAAACGUUUAAUGUAACUUUCAUUCAGGUACUAACAUACACAAUUAUUUAAAUGUGAUUAAAUAUUAGAUAUUUUUAAUUUUUCAGUUUUUUUUUGACGACGCCCAUGAUUUGGUUAAAUUGGAAAAUAUCAAAACAUUUAAAAAUAAAAAGAAGUUUUUUAUUUGUAAAGCCUCCUAAAACAUGUACUCUGUAAAUUACAAUUUCUUUUUUUUAGUUACGAAUCCUGACUUUUAGAUCAGACCAAACUUUUAAAAUAAUUUAUUGAACUUAAAAAAUUUAGGUGAGAUCAAAACCCUAGGUUCUCAAACUACUCGGCUCCAUGAUUUACCCAUAGAACAUCAUAUUGGUGACCAUGUAAAAUCAGCAUUGGAUAAUUUUUGAACUAAACCAAAUACCCGAUAGUUCAGUUCAAAAAUCAAACAUUUUGUCACAUCUCUAUUAUAAUAUAUAUUUUUUGAUUCAUAAUAAGGUUGUUCAAUAUUAAUAAUGUGUUUAACUCUAUAUUCACAGCGAGGAGUUAGCAACUGCAAUUUUAAAGCAAAAAGAUCGUCCAAAUAGGCUUAUUGUAGAAGAAGCAAUCAAUGAUGACAAUUCAGUCAUUGCAUUAUCACAGGUUAGUUGUUUGACUAAAAUAUAAUGUAAUAAUAGAUAUAAACUUACACAAAUUUCAAUAAUACUAUUGUAUUUGAAAUAAUUUGUAACAUUCAUUCUUCAAUUUUUUAAUAAUUCUUAAAUUUUAGGCUAAAAUGGAUGAAUUACAACUAUUCCGUGGAGACACUGUACUGAUCAAAGGCAAACGACGUAAGGAAUCUGUUUGUAUUGUGUUAUCAGAUGCAACUGUUUCAGAUGAAAAAGUACGCAUGAAUAGAGUGGUGCGUAAUAAUUUGCGUGUCAGAAUAUCUGAUAUUGUACAGAUACAACAAUGUCCAGAUGUGAAGUAUGGAAAACGCAUUCAUGUACUCCCUAUUGAUGACACUGUAGAAGGUCUUACUGGGUAAGUUUGUUUUAUUUAUAUUUUCAUAACUCAUUAUUAAUUAUUAAACUUAUCAUUAUUUUGUAGUAAUUUGUUUGAAGUAUUCCUUAAGCCUUACUUCUUAGAAGCCUAUAGACCUAUACAUAAAGAUGAUAAUUUUAUUGUUCGCGGAGGAAUGAGAGCUGUAGAAUUUAAAGUAGUGGAAACUGAUCCAUCACCAUAUUGUAUUGUUGCUUAUGAUACUGUUAUUCAUUGUGAAGGAGAUCCAAUUAAAAGAGAAGUAAAUAUUUAGAUUUGUUGUUCAUCAAUUUUGACAUAUCUAAUAAUUAAUUAAAUAUUUUAGGAAGAAGAAGAAGCAUCAAAUACAGUUGGCUAUGAUGACAUUGGUGGUUGCCGUAAACAAUUGGCACAGAUUAAAGAAAUGGUUGAACUUCCACUCCGGCAUCCAAGUCUAUUUAAGGCUAUUGGUGUAAAGCCUCCUAGAGGAAUUUUAUUAUAUGGACCCCCUGGAACUGGAAAAACCUUAAUUGCCCGUGCUGUUGCUAAUGAAACUGGUGCAUUCUUUUUCUUAAUUAAUGGUCCUGAAAUUAUGAGUAAACUUGCUGGUGAAUCCGAAAGUAAUUUGCGGAAAGCCUUUGAAGAAGCUGACAGAAAUUCUCCUUCUAUUAUAUUUAUUGAUGAAUUGGAUGCUAUUGCUCCUAAACGUGAAAAAGUAAUUUGAUAAAUAAACCGUAACAUUUUUUUUACCAUAAAUUAAAUAUGUAACUGUUAAACAUUAUUUUUUAGACUCACGGAGAAGUAGAACGUCGUAUUGUAUCUCAAUUAUUAACACUUAUGGAUGGCUUAAAAUCAUCAUCACAUGUCAUUGUAAUGGCUGCAACUAAUCGUCCAAAUUCUAUCGAUUCAGCUCUUAGACGAUUUGGACGUUUUGAUCGUGAAAUUGAUAUUGGAAUACCUGAUGCUACUGGUCGUUUAGAGGUUUUACGUAUACACACUAAGAACAUGAAACUUGCUGAAGAAGUUGAUUUAGAACAGGUAUAACUAUUGUGUACUGUUUUUCUUAAUUUUUAAUCACAUUUUAUGACCAGUUACAGUGUUAUUAUAGUAAUAUUGUUUUCCUAUUUAGUUUAAUUUUGCUACAAUUAAUUAUUAUUUAUUGUAAAUCAGGGUUACAAGUCAUAAACACGAGAAAAAAAACGAAUGUUUAAAACAUUAAGAUAUUAUAAUUUUAUUUUAUAGUUUGACAUGUACUUGCUUUUUUUCUUGAUAUUAUUUCCUAUACGACUCAUUUUAAUGAAUGACUAAAAAAAUUUAGAUUCUUAUUGUAGCAAAGAAUUUAUUGGUUCUAAUAUGUUGUUCAAUAUUUGUGUGUUUGUCUGUGUAAACAACUUUUCUAUCAGAAAUCUUGCUCCGGUAAAAUGAUGAAGAUACUUUUUUUUAAAUUUCCAAAGAGUUUUCAUAAAAAUAGAAAAAACUAACAAAUAUUUAAAACACAUUGCGGUGUUACAGAUUUCAUUAUUUUAUAUUUAUAAAAAAAAAAAAAAUUAAUUAAUGCUUUAAUCAAAAAAUGACAAAAGUGUGUUUUUGUUGUAUUUUUUGGAUUUGGUUAUUUAUUAAGCAAAUGAUGUUUUGAUCAACAUUACUUAUCAACAAGUAGACAUGUAUAAACAUUUUAUUUGUGUGAAUUAUACAAUUUUAAUAUCAAAUUAAUGAAAAUCUUACGUAUUACAGUCUUUUAAAACAUGUGUAAUUGAACUCUGCUGAAAACCGUUUUUUAUUAACAGUAAAUAAUUGUUAUGUUCAGACAUAUAUUUUAAAUUUCCCUCUAUUUACUUUCCAAUCUUCUCACCGGGUAUAUGUGGAUAAAAUUGUUUGACCCAACUUAAAUGCGAUAGUCAUUAUAAGUUGUUCUUAGUUAUAAAUGUAAAAAACAAAGUUAAGGGUAGUAUUUUUUUUUAUAUAUAUAUAAUUGUUUAAGUUAAAUUUGAUACAAAUACUGCACAAUUUAGCAAAAAAAAAAGUGACAUCUGGUUUUUUUUCUGUACCCUUCAUGUAAAACCGAACUUCACUCUGAACCGUUUUUUUUUUUACAAAUGGUUUAUAUAUAUAAAUUAACUAUGUAUCCUAACUUCCCACCUACACUAGUGACCCAUUAGUAGUAUCAGCUAUUUUAUGUUAUUAUGUAAAAUUGUUUUGAUUUAUUAUUUUUAGUAGAGCUCAAAUAAAUAAUGGUACAAUGCAUAUGUAAAACAUUUUCAUUUUAAUUAGUCUUAUUCUUAACUUAAAUCAAUCUAAAAAUUAAUAUGCAUUUGUAAUAUUGAUAUUUGUUAUCUAUUAGUAUAUUAUAUAUUUGCAAUCUAUUUAUCUAUGUAUUUAAAUGUAAUUAUUUUGGUUUAAAAUUAUUAGUUUAUUGUACAUAUCUGUGGUGUAAAAUAAACUAGAUAAUUAAAAAUAAAGUUGACACCCUUCCAUAUUUGUGGUAUUUGUGUUUUGUCAUACUACAAAUGUAUUUCAACAUAUUAAAUAUAAGUUAAUAAUUCCUACAAAGUUUUUAAAAAAAACUAGUACCUUCAUUAAUUUCUAUUGACCCGUAAGCUGUAUUCCAAAAACCUAAAAAUAAUCCUUGUUAUUUUUUAUUAUUAAGAAAAUAGUUUUAAAUACAACCAUGUUGUAAAUCUAAAUUGUUCUAAUCUUAAUUUUAAAAUUAGAUACUAGUAUUUUAGAUUUUCUCUUUUCUAGUGUUAAUUUUUAUAAUUUUGCCUAUUUUAAUCUAAUUUCACAUUGUUAGUCUACUUUAUUGUAUAUAUUAUUCUGUUAUCUCUAUCAACUUGUAAAAAUUGUCUGUUAAUAGAUAGCUGCUGAAACUCAUGGUCAUGUGGGAGCUGAUCUUGCUUCAUUAUGUUCUGAAGCUGCUCUUCAACAAAUUCGUGAAAAAAUGGACCUUAUCGAUUUAGAAGAUGAUCAAAUUGAUGCUGAAGUUUUGAAUUCAUUGGCUGUCACAAUGGAAAACUUUAGGGUAUUUUUGUCACUGAUUAAUAUUUGAUUUGGUUGUUAUGACAUCUAUUUUUUUAUUUUUAGUAUGCCAUGGGUAAGAGUAGUCCUAGUGCACUGAGAGAGACUGUAGUUGAAGUUCCAAAUAUUACAUGGGAAGAUAUUGGAGGUUUGGCAAAUGUAAAACGGGAAUUGCAAGAACUUGUUCAGGUAAAUUAUUAUAAACCGCUUUAAUAAUAUAAUUUAUUAAAGCUGUAUAAAAAAAAAAAAUCUUUUUUAACAUAGUAUCCAGUUGAACAUCCGGACAAGUUUUUGAAAUUUGGUAUGCAACCAUCCCGAGGUGUGUUAUUCUAUGGACCUCCUGGUUGCGGUAAAACUUUAUUAGCCAAAGCCAUUGCUAAUGAAUGUCAAGCUAACUUCAUAUCUGUAAAGGGUCCUGAACUGUUAACUAUGUGGUUCGGUGAAUCAGAGGCAAAUGUCCGCGAUAUAUUUGAUAAGGUAAGUACAUUUAAAUGUAUACAUAAGUAGUAUACACCAAAUAAUAUGCCUACUUCACUAAUCUCUAUUUGUUAAUUAUAUGUUUAGGCUAGAGCAGCUGCACCAUGUGUACUGUUCUUCGAUGAAUUGGAUUCCAUUGCUAAAUCUAGAGGAGGAAAUGUUGGUGAUGCUGGUGGUGCAGCAGACAGAGUUAUCAAUCAGAUUUUGACAGAAAUGGAUGGUAUGGGUGCUAAAAAAAAUGUAUUCAUAAUUGGUGCAACCAACAGACCUGGUAAUUAUUUUCUAUUAUUUAAUAACAGUUUGAAAAUAAACUUAAUAUGUUACUGUUAUUAUAGAUAUUAUUGAUCCUGCUAUCCUUCGUCCUGGACGUUUAGAUCAAUUGAUUUAUAUUCCUCUACCUGAUGAAAAAUCACGUGAAGCUAUCUUCAAAGCUAAUUUGAGAAAAUCCCCAGUUGCCAAAGUAAAUUCAUAUAUUUUGAUAACAUUAUUUUGAUGUGCAUUAUUUAAUUUUUAUUUAUUUUAGGAUGUUGACCUCGUUUAUAUUGCCAAGGUCACUCAUGGUUAUUCAGGUGCUGACUUGACUGAAGUAUGUCAACGUGCUUGCAAACUUGCUAUUCGACAAAGUAUUGAGGCAGAAAUAAGACGUGAGCGUGAAGCUGCCAAUAAUCAAGGAAUGGAGGUAAAUUAUAUUGCUACUAAUACUUUAAAAGUGUUAUAAUUCAAUCUUAUUUCUUAGACUGAUGUAGCUGAAGAUGAUCCAGUCCCGGAGAUUACAAAAGCUCAUUUUGAAGAGGCUAUGUUGUAUGCGCGUCGUUCAGUAACUGAUAAUGACAUACGCAAAUAUGAAAUGUUUUCACAAACUUUACAACAGUCUCGAGGUUUUGGCACAAAUUUCAGAUUCCCAUCGACGACGGGCCAACCUGCCACCAAUAGUACAACAACUGGUGGAGAUCAGGCAGCUUUCCAAGAUGAUGCCGAUGAUGACUUGUAUAAUUAAAAGCCUGCCUGUUUUCCUCUCAUUCGAAUAAUAGAUUUAAUGUAUAUUCAAAAAUUAAGACAAGUUCAAGCAUUUUUUUUUUUAUAUAUAUAUAUAUUUUAAAAUAAAAUGAAGAAAUUUAAUAUACAUAUGUAUGAUUUAUUAAUACAGUUAAUUAGGUUUUUCUAAUAUUUGUAUCUGGUUAUACACUAAGUUUUUUUUUUUUAAAAAAAAGAAAAAGCAAAACAUUAUGGGUGGGAUAUACAUUUAAACAAAAAAAAAAAAAACUGUACUUCUGAUUUUUUUAUAAUCUUUAUUAUUUAUUUAAUUUUUUUUUCCUUUUAUAAGAAUUAUUAUUAAUACAUUUUAAACAAAAAUACAAACACAAAAUAAAAGGAAUAAUAUUGCAUUUAGUUGGUAGUUGGCUCGAGAUCGUAUGUGUCCAUGAUCGCUGUCAUUACAUUCCAAAGAGUAACCUUGUCCAAAUCUUCAACCAGCGCCUUAAAAAUAUUUAAAACCUUAAAUAUUUUUACACAUUUUUA